AUGAAGCGUCAAAGCCAUAUUUCGACAAUUUUGCUAAUAUCCAUCCUAUUUUGUUCCACAUUAACCAGAGCUCUUGAUGAACCUGAAUAUGGGUACAAUGAAAAGAGUAGAGAUGGACCCGAACACUGGGGCGAUCUCAAAGAAGAAUGGGAGGUGUGUAAAAAAGGGGAAAUGCAAUCUCCAAUUGAUUUGAGCAAUCACAGAGUAAAAGUGAUCCCCAAGUUAGGGGAGAUAAGGAGGAGCUAUAAGCCCCAACAUGCUAAUGUAUUGAAUAGGGGUCAUGAUGUUGCGGUGAACUGGGAAGGGGAUGCUGGCUCAAUAGACAUCAAUGGAACACAUUUCUUGCUCCAACAAUGCCACUGGCACUGGCCUUCCGAACACACCAUUAACGGCCGCAGGUAUGACUUGGAAUUGCAUAUGGUUCAUGUUAGUCCACAGCCUGAUGGAACAAACAAGACUGCUGUUGUUGGUCUUCUGUACAAAUAUGGUUCGCCCGAUCCAUUUCUCUCUAAGUUGGGAAAAUACAUAAUGGAUAUUCCUGAAGAUGAAGAAGAGAAAAGCAUUGGGGUGAUUGAUCCCAGAGAAAUCAAAAUGGGCGGCAAGAUGUACUACAGGUACAUGGGAUCGCUCACUGCACCUCCUUGCACCGAAGGCGUUCUUUGGACCAUUAACAAAAAGAUAAAAACUGUUUCAAGGAGACAAGUAAAGUUACUCAAAGAUUCUGUACUUAAAUAUUAUGCAAAAAGGAAUGCAAGGCCACUGCAGCCCCUAAAUGAGCGUGAGAUAGAAGUCUACGACCCCAAGGCAAAGAAUAAACCUCAUUAUUAA